GGGAUCUUCCCACCCCGCAGCCCUCGGUGAGCAGGGACGGAACCGGAGCCUCUUGCAGGUGUCUGAUUCGGACUGCAGCUAUCACCACUCAUCAUGGAUUGGAAGACACUGCAGGGGCUGCUCAGUGGGGUCAAUAAAUACUCCACAGCCUUCGGUCGUAUCUGGCUCUCCGUGGUCUUCGUCUUCCGUGUCCUGGUCUACGUGGUGGCAGCCGAGCGCGUCUGGGGGGAUGAGCAGAAGGACUUUGACUGCAAUACACGCCAGCCAGGCUGCACCAACGUCUGCUAUGACCACUUCUUCCCCAUCUCCCACAUCCGCCUCUGGGCUCUGCAGCUCAUCUUUGUCACUUGUCCCUCCCUGCUGGUCAUCAUGCACGUGGCCUACCGGGAGGACCGCGAGAAAAAGAACAGGGAGAAGAAUGGGGAGAAUUGCCCCAAGCUGUACAGCAACACAGGCAAGAAGCACGGUGGGCUGUGGUGGACUUACCUGCUCAGCCUCUUCUUCAAGCUCAUCAUAGAGAUCCUGUUCCUCUACCUCCUCCACAAGAUGUGGGACAGCUUCGACUUGCCACGGCUGGUCAAGUGCACCAACGUGGAGCCCUGUCCCAACACUGUGGACUGCUACAUCGCUCGGCCAACCGAGAAGAGAGUCUUCACUUAUUUCAUGGUCGGGGCUUCUUCCAUCUGCAUCGUCCUCACUGUCUGUGAGAUCUUCUACCUCAUCUUCAAACGCAUUGUCCGGAGCACACGCAAGUGGAAGAAGUCCAUCAAGCGCUCUAUGAGCUACAGCAAAGCCUCCACCUGCCAGUGCCAUCUCAAGGCGGAGGAGAGGGAGAACAAGGCCCUGAAUAGAGGAGAGGAGCUGUAACCUCCCCUGUUCCAGCCAGCUUGCCUUCCCCUCGGACCAUGAGCUUUUCAAGCCUAC